GUCCCCCAAAUCUAUCCCCUUGUCCCCAAGUGUACCCCAAAUCUAUCCCCUUGUCCCCCAAUGUCUCCGAAAUCCAUACCCUUGUCCCCAAAUAUCCCCCGAAUCUAUCCUCUUGUCCCCGAAAUCUAACCCUUUAUCCCCCAGUGUCCAUUAAAUCUCUUGCCCUCGCUCCCCGCAUGUCUCAGAAAUCGCUCUCCUUGCCCCCCGAAUCUUACCUAAAUUUAGAGUCGUACAGCACAGAAACAGAUUCUUUGGUCUAACUUGUCCAAUUCCUAAACUAAUCUAGAACUGUUUGUCUGUGUUUGGCCCAUAUCACUCUAAACCUUUAUUCCGUUGUAUCUAAAUGUCUGCUUGGGGAGAAAUCAUGGGUAGAAUUUGCAGGAGAUCAGCUUUGGGACCCUCGUCCCUCCUGAGAUACAUUAAUACAAUAAGCCCUGGUGGACAGGGUAGGAUUCUUAUGGCAGGUCGCUUCUGCUUCUAAACAAAAAAACCCCCCAAACCUCUGGAGAGAGUUCUGGCCGUGCCCGGUGCGAGGGCAGGGAGAUUUCCGUCAGCUGCUCUCAUGGUGUCUCCGUCCCGUCCAAUCGCUGCCUGAAAGCCGCCUCCUCGCCUCGCAGCACCUUCCGGCAGUGAUGUGGAGGAAUUCUGUCAGCUCCCGGGAUGCUGGUGGGCACUGAGACCAGCACCUGGUAACGCCCGAGUUUGGGGAGUCUGGGAGAGGGUAUCCUCGAUUACCCUCCCCUCCUGCCCUCUCUCUCUCUCUCUCACACACACACCCUUCCUGCACCGUUUGGAGAGCGAGUGUGUGUGUGCCUUCCUGCCGUCGGGAGAUGUGGACAGUGAGGAGCUGAGGGGCGCGGUGGGCCGCGGCGAAAUGAUCGGCAAGAAGAAGAGCGGCUUCCAGAUCACCAGUGUCACCUCGGAGUACGAAGGCAGCACCGGCGGUGAAGGGCUGAGGGAGCCACCGGGCGGAGAGGCGGAGGCUGUGGUGAACGGGGAUCCGGGUGUGGGCCCCUCGGCCGACACCGAACUGCCGGGCAAGGACGGUCGGACUAAGCCGCCCCCGGCAACAGCGGGACAAGGCACCGCCGGCAGGGAGGUGCCAAAGGAGACCGGGACAAUGGCAACGGGGACGCUCCCCGGGACCAGGUCCCCCCCGCCGCCGGCCCCCAGCCCCUGCGGCUCCCGCUUCCGGGUGGUGAAGCUGGACCACGGGCUGGGCGAGCCGUAUCGCCGCGGCCGGUGGACCUGCGUGGACCUGUACGUGGACCGUGAGCUGGACGCCCACGGGCUGGCCAAGGUGCUGGCCGGGAGCCGCCACGUCAACUCGCUGGACUCUCACCCGGAGCUGGGCGCCCUGCUGGCUCACCGGGCGGUCAGCCAGCUCCGGCCCCGGCCCCACGCCCCCAAGAGCCAGGGCUCCCCCCUGGGCGAGAGCCUGCCGGCACCGGGCACCGACACCCUGCACGUGCUCCUGCAGGCGGCCCGCACCCUCAGCCUGGACUCUCCGCCUGCUCCCCAGGAGAAAGGGGACCCAGCGGCGACGCCUCACCCUGCCAACCAGCCACACGGAGCCAAGGCUGGUGCCAGGGAGACGACCUCGCCCCCGACGAAUGUGAAGCAUCCCUCCUCGGGAGAUCAGGGAGGACUGAGGAAGUUUCCUGAGCCUCAAUCCACAUCGGUGUCGCCGGUCCCCCCUGCCCAGGACGGCAGCCCUUCCCGAAAGCUCCGUGCCUCGGAGGCCAGCGCUGCCGGCUCUCUCCGGUUCGUCUCGCCCAUGCAGACGCUGGCCAAGUCCAUGCUGUCGGUCGGAACGCAGCCGGACAGUGACGACGACAGGUACGCCUGGCCACCUGGGGUGGGAGGGGAGGUGAGGCGACAGGAGGUGCAGAACCCCAAUCCCCCACAGAGGGAGGGGCAGGCUCUCUGUUCUUUGCUGUGUGUACACAAGAUAGUGAAUCAGCUCGUGACCAAACAGCCAGCUCUACGUUCGGCUUGGCACAGACCUCACAGAGCGCUGGGUGACGUGAGCAGUGCGGCCUCUGGGGGCCAUCACCAUCACGUGCUGCAGAACCUUGGCUCGAUGCAGAGCUGCUUAGACAGUGGCUCAGGGUGUCGGGUGGAGUUCUACUUCCUGUCUCAGUACGUCUCUGCCACUGACACACCUUUCCGGCACAUUCUCCAUGGACGGGGUGACCACACACUGGAAGCCCUUUACAGACAUUUCCAACUGCUUAAGGACAAGCCGAGCAAGUUUGACGAGAAGAAGUUCCGGAAGCAGUUGGCCCUGGUGACAUGGACCCUGCAGGGAGCUGCCAACGCUCUGAGUGGAGACGUCUGGAACAUUGGUAACAACAGCUUCUAG